GGGUCUCCACCGGGACAAACUUUCCGUCCCUCCCCCUUGUCUGCGAGCCUCCUCGGGUUUCCAGAGGCUGGGAGAGGACGCGGCGGCGGCGGCGGCUGGGCGGAAACGAAACGGCUCAUCACAAGGUAACGACCUGCAGCGUCCCCGGGUCCUCUGGGUUUUCUGGUUCCUCUGCUCUUCGCCCGUUAAAAAAAAGAAAGAAAAGAAAAGAAAAACACACAUCCGACUAACCAGAACCCAAGGAUAUCCGCGUCUUGUGUUUUCUGGGCUGAGAGGAGAACUUUCAUUGAACUUUUGGUGCCGUGUUUCAUUCCGCAUGUUGGAUCUUUCUGUGCAGCAAAAGAAAAAGGGAGAGUCACGUCACCAAAAUGCUCCGGCAUCUCUGAAGGAGUCUUGGGAGUCCAGAGACGGACCGCCCUCUCUCCGCUGACCGUCCAGCGUUUCCCAGCUGCCAUGGCUAAGGCAGAAGUAGCAUUGUUGAGGUGCGCCUUGCUGCUUCUCUUCCCGCCCGUCAGCUUAAGCCAGCGCGACUGCUCCGGUGUGGACUGUCCCCCGUUGGAAAACUGCAUCAAAGAAGCGCCGGAGAGCGAUGGGUGUUGCGCUUCGUGCUUGCAGAAAGGAUGUAGGUGUGAGGGUUACCAGAGAUAUGACUGCACCCGUGCCGGAUUCAAGAACGGCAUUGUCCCUGAAGGACAGUCCUACUUUGUGGAUUACGGCAGCACCGAGUGCUCCUGCCCUGUCGGAGGCGGCCCCAUCAGCUGCCGCUACAUCGGCUGUCCGGAUUUGCCACCAAACUGCAUUGAGACUUUGGAGCCUCAGGACGGUUGCCAGCAGUGUGAACGCAUUGGAUGUGUUCACAGAGGGGAGAAGUAUGAGGCAGGACAUUCAUUCCACGUCGAAGCGUGUAGGGUCUGCCACUGUCCCGAUGAAGGAGGGAAGCUCAUGUGCUACCCUGAUCCCGAUUGCGAUCCCCAAUUGACAUUGAUUACAGAUGACAAUGCGCCCAAUGGACGAGAUGGCUUCUUCACCAGGUUCGAUCAGCUCUCUGCGUCGUAUAACCGUCCCUCCAGUGGGAAUCUUCCUCAUUUUAUACCGUCGCCAAGUGACGGUGACGAGCCAGAGGAAUAUGAUUACAACCAUGUGGACUUCUCGGAGGCAUAUGGGGAUUUAUUUGCUCUACCCACCCAGCCGUCCAUCUUUUCCAACAAAAUUGCUUUGUUAGGCUCUGAGAGAUCUGAAAAAACUUCUUCCCUCCUGGGUUUAGAGGUUCCCAAAAAGAUGGAACUGAGAGAGCAAUAUAGAGUUCAUCCUCAUCUGGCAGAAGAAGUAGUGACUCAAGUUCCCUCUGCUGCUGAGCAGAGUACUGCCAGCCCAUCCGUAAAUGCAACUGCUUCUUGGCAGGAUCUCCAAUACACACAAACUCCUUCAGGCAGAGGUGUAGAUUCUCACACAGAAUUGGAAUACCCACUUUAUGCACACCCGAGUCUGGGAAGUGUUGCACUUCCAGUGAACAAUUUAAAUAAUGUUGAGGAGAAUUCAGAAGGAGACCUUCAUCAUCAGAGGAGCACCAAGAUGGAGGUUCAUUCCCAUAAUGCAUCAGGUGGUGUAACCCCCAAGAGUUCAGUCAGUCAGAUAAGCAGAAGUCAUCUAAUGAAGGGUACGGAGAAUAUUCCUGGCCAGAAAGCGGUAGAGUUUCCCCUCUACACGCUGACAAACAUGGAGACUCCAGAUGGCGCAAACUCAAGAGCGCAUUUUCCCGAAGAACUCCAUGAACCAAAUGGCGAGGAUUGGUUUAAUCAAGGACAAGAAUCUCUUCCAGGAACUUUAGACGUGGUUAGGACGACGCAAAACGAUAAAAGCCACAACAGUUUCGAGUCUAGCAGUCCGUCGCAGGGUAAUCCUGAGUAUCAGCAAACAACCACGGCUUAUUUAAUCCCUGCUGCGUCCCAGCCACCUUCAGUUAUCAGACCUCUGGCGUCUCAGCUCGGUGGAGAUGUUCCUCACAGUCCCGACAGCGUGGACCUGAAGGCUGAGGGGAACGGAGAAGGAAGCAAAGGCCACAGACCCGAAGGAGAUCCAGGGGAAUCUUUUGAGGACGUGCUGCAGAGCUGCUGUGCUGCCGGUCAGACACGGGCCAAGGAAAAAAGCCACUGCAAAAACCUUCCUGCGCUCAGGGACAACCACUCUGUUUGCCGUGUAGUGGAGCAGCAGUGCUGCCUCAGCCAUGUGAAGGAGAGCCGGUGUGAUUCAGGAGUGGCGGCUGCCAGAGCGGGACGCGCUUGUGAAGCCGACGGGAACGACUCGUGCGCAGACGAAUACCAGGUGUGCUGCAGCUGCUGUGCUAUUGGCUUGUUGAUACGCAGUGAAGGACAAGGUUGCAAUGCUCACAAGUACUUGAGCUAUCCAUGUGGCCACAUCUUCCUUUCCUGCUGUGAGGAUGAGGAAGGUCAAAGCCAGUCGCCGCUGUGGACUCAGGAGAAAUCCAGACCUACCGCUCUGCCCAGACCAGUGAGUCCAGAGACAGACAGCCAGGUGGAAGAACUGAUCAAUUCUACGGAUACGACCACCACCACUCACACCACUGUGACCUCCACAAGCCCCGCCCACCUUCAGCCAUGUGCAGGUGAGAGUGGCUGCAGUCAGCGUUGUGCUGCAGCGGCAGGCCAGGCUCGCUGCUCCUGCUUCCCAGGGUUCUCGCUGAUGACCGACAGAAGGACAUGUAAAGAUGUGGACGAGUGCCAGGGCAACACGCACAGCUGCCGGCCCAACCAGCGCUGUGUGAACACACCGGGCUCGUUUCUGUGUGAGCUGCAAGUCCGCUGUCCUGUAGGAUACCAGAUGAAGAACGGAGUUUGCCAAGACAUUGAUGAGUGCAUUGGGAACACCCACAGCUGUGGUGAGAGCUCGGUGUGUGAGAACACGGCCGGCUCCUUCAGAUGUAGCUCCAAACUGAAGUGUGUCAGCGGAUUUACGCUGGACUCUCAUGGUAACUGUAUCGACAUCAAUGAGUGCAGCAGCCUCAGUGAGCCAUGCACCGCAGGUUCCGCCUGCAUCAACACAGUGGGCUCCUACACGUGUCGGCAGAAGAUACUGAUGUGCAACGAGGGCUACCACUCCAGCUCCGACGGAACCAAGUGUGUCGACACGGAUGAAUGUCAGAUGGGGACCCAUCGUUGUGGAGCGGGACAGAUCUGUCGGAACCUUCCCGGCAGCUACCGCUGCGACUGCCAGACUGGUUACCAGUACGAUGCCUUCCGCAAAGUCUGCACAGAUAUAAACGAAUGCUGGCGGUUUCCUGGGAGGCUGUGCGCCCAGACCUGUGAAAACACCAAAGGCUCGUAUCGCUGCUCGUGCACAACUGGAUUCUCUCUCGCUUUGGAUGGAAACAACUGUGAAGAUGUUAAUGAAUGCGACGGCAGCCCCUGCAGCCAGGAGUGCGUCAACAUAUACGGCUCCUACCAGUGCUACUGCCGUGAAGGCUAUUACCUGAAAGAGGACCGACACACCUGCGAAGAUAUUGACGAGUGUUCCCAGACCAUCGGGAACCUCUGCGUCUUCCAGUGCGUUAACGUUGUAGGCAGCUAUCGAUGUUCCUGUCCUCCUCAUGGGUAUGUUACAGCAGCCAAUGGACGCUUCUGUAAAGAUAUUGAUGAAUGCAUGACUGGAUCUCACAACUGUUCCUUCUCUCAGACCUGCUAUAACCUGCAGGGCAGCUUUAAGUGUCUCUCCUUUGAUUGUCCUCAAAACUACAAGAAGGUGUCGGAUACACACUGCGAGCGGAUGGGUUGUCCUCCCAACUCCAUAGACUGUCAGAACUCUCCCUUGCGGAUCACGUACCAUCAGCUGAACUUCAAGACCAACACCAUCACUCCGGCUCAGAUCUUCCGCAUUGGACCAUCACCUGUCUACUCUGGUGACAACAUUGUCAUCAGCAUCGUCAAAGGCAACGAAGGGGGCUACUUUAGCGCUCGCAAGCUGAACAGUUUCACAGGUGCCGUUUAUUUGCAGAGGAAAGUUGGCGACCCCAAGGACUUCCUGAUAGAUGUGGAGAUGAAGUUGUUGAGGAAGGGAACGUUUACCUCUUUCCUGUCCCGACUCUACAUUUUCAUUACGUCCAAUAAGAUGUAACACCAAAGACAGAAGAACAAAUAACUCAUAAGGUGCUAAAUGCUUUUCUUUUUGAGACUUAAAAAAUAUCUGACUUUUCAAGAGUGGCACAAGGAUAUUGGAGGAUGUGGCCGGAUUUCCCUGAAGAUUCACCAGGCCAGUCGUAUUUCCAAAGAAAUCUUGAUUAAACUGCACAUGGUAGUUCAAUUUGACUCAUCUAUGGCUGGUCACAUAGCAGCGCAUGGUAAUCCUUGAAUAUUUCAAACAUACUACAUUUGUAGAUGCGAUGGACGGAAGAUCUUGAGAAUUUUUUGUAACAAUUGAACCAAAAUGAAAAUUUAGGCAUAGAAAAUUUGUGUGACAUGUUGUGAAGGAACUAAAAUACAUUAAAGAUUUGCUGUUGUAACAACCGUCUUCUGGUUCUGCUCUGCAUCACCAGAACCAAACAUGGA